CAAGGUCGACUUCGCAGAGCAUCAUGGGGAGGGCACUGAAUCCACUGGUUCUACCCGGGGACCGCUACAUCCCCAACAACUAAAACAACGCUGGUUCACCAUCACCACCAUAAUAGGAGAAUCACGCCUUUGCCCAUGACGGCAUAGCUGUCACGAGAUGCGGAUGCAAAAUAGCGAGUCACGGAUAAAUCAGAAAGGAGGUUGGUUACGCAGAGAGCAUCUCGUUUUUCAUAGGUUGAUGGAAGCUGGGCUAUUGUCGAAAGGGGAACGUGCGGAUUGUCGCGCAUCCACUCCACGAACCUGAGCUAUAGGAAACGAAAAACGUAGACAUUUUCAAGAGGCUGUUUUUACAGUACCGCAUUGGUGCCAGUGGAAUCGUUAAGGGUGAGAGAGGAAUAGCAAGUCUGGUCACGACAGUUUCAGCACCAAGGACAGCGACGAAUCAGUUCCUUAUUUUUUGAGGCUGCAGCUUUGAAGACUGGGCGGUUCCGCAAGGCUUUUCUACCUGAAGAUCUUUUCUCUUGUCCUCCUGUCCUGUUUGUCAACUUCUUAUCAAGAGCUGCUUUUUAUUAUUGAAUAUCGCACUGAAGAUGGUGGAGGAGGAGAAAAAGCAGGUGACAGGAUACCUCCUUUUCUCCCUGGCCACUGCAGUCAUUGGCUCGCUGCAGUUUGGCUACAACACAGGGGUCAUUAAUGCACCGGAACAGAAACUGCGGGCUUUCUUCAACAACACGUGGAUGGAGAGGUAUGGCGAGCCCAUCAAACCAGGAACGUGCACCAUUGUGUGGAGCUUUUCGGUGGCCGUCUUUAGCGUGGGCGGCAUGGUGGGCUCCUUCAGCGUCGGAGUGAUGGCAGACAGAUUUGGGAGGAAAUUGUCCAUGUUCCUGGUCAACAUCCUGGCUGUGAUUGGAGGCCUCCUCAUGGGUUUCUCCACCCUCUGCUCCUCCUACGAGAUGGUCAUCGCCGGACGCCUCGUCAUCGGCCUCUUCUGCGGCCUCUUCACCGGCCUUACGCCCAUGUACGUGGGGGAGCUGUCCCCCACCCCUCUACGGGGCGCUUUCGGCACCUUGCACCAGCUGGGCGUGGUUGUUGGCAUCCUCGUGGCUCAGAUCUUUGGCUUGGAGUCUCUGCUGGGGUCGGACAAGUUGUGGCCUCUGCUACUGGCUCUGACGGUCGUCCCGGCCAUGCUGCAGUGUAUCCUGCUGCCCUUCUGUCCCGAGAGCCCUCGCUUCCUCCUCAUCAACCAGAACAAGGAGGAGCAGGCCCGCAAAGCCCUGGUGCGUCUGCGUGGCUUUGACGACGUGAGUAAAGACAUGCAGGAGAUGAAGGAGGAGAGUUCCAAGAUGGCCAUGGAGAAGAAGGUGACCAUCCCUGAGCUGUUCCGCACCGCAGCCUAUCGGCAGCCGCUCCUCAUCGCCGUCAUGCUCCACCUCUCCCAGCAGCUCUCCGGAAUCAAUGCUGUGUUCUACUAUUCAACUGGUAUCUUUGAGUCAGCCGGUGUCACCCAACCCAUUUACGCCACUAUUGGAGCAGGAGCUGUUAACACUGUCUUUACAGUGGUAUCUCUCUUCCUGGUUGAGAGGGCGGGACGAAGGACUUUGCAUCUCGUCGGAUUGGCCGGAAUGGCCGUCAGUGCCCUGCUCAUGACUAUUGCCCUCCUGUUGAAGGGCUACUCGUCUCUGAGCUACCUGAGCAUUGGGGCAGUGUUUCUGUUCGUGGCCAUGUUUGAGAUGGGGCCUGGUCCUAUCCCAUGGUUCAUAGUGGCGGAGCUCUUCUCCCAGGGUCCGCGGCCUGCCGCCAUAGCAGUGGCCGGCUGCUGCAACUGGACCGCCAACUUCCUGGUGGGAAUCAGCUUCCCCAAACUGGAGGAGCUGUGUGGGCCUUAUGUCUUUAUCAUCUUCAUGAUCUUACUGAUCUUCUUCUUCAUCUUCACCUUCAUCAAAGUCCCAGAGACCAAGGGCAAGACCUUUGACGAGAUCGCCCGUGAGUUUGGCGGGGCCACCCUGCCCCCUGCCACCUCUGUGGGAGCUCCUCCCACUAGUAUCAGCGUAACACUUCCUGCCUCGCCCAUCAAGGAGAAGGUUCCAUUGGUGGAGGCGGCAGCAGCAGAGGAUAGGUCCAACUCAACUGUACAGGAGAGCUUGUAGAAUCCUGUGUUGGGUCAAUGCUUAAAGUACAAGGGUUGGGGGUCAGCUGGUUCAAAAACAGAUCAAAGCUUAAUUCUUUGGCAGUUCAGGUACAUGGGGACGAGUGUUUGACGUGAAGGGAAAUAUACCGUUCGUGUACAUGGAAAGCCACAACACACAUUUUUGGGUGGAUACAGUAGCUAGAAUGAAUUAGUGUUAUUUUUUCACAUUUCUUUCUGUCAUGUGUAAUAUAUUUCUCAACCUAUAGGUCAAAAUGUGUAUUUUAAUUGUGUUGCCUUCUUUUCCUGAGUGCAUCAUCAUUUAAACAGCUUUUAGUAAAGCCAAAGUGGGUCUAGUCAAAGCAAACAACCUCAAUAGUGUUUCUGGUAAACAAUAGUUUUAACAGUGAAACAGUAGAUUAGGGUCAAUUGCAUUAGUUGGCUUUCAUGGUUUUAGAAAUAGCUUUUUUAAAUAACCCAAUAAUCCCAGAAUGAUCGUACUUGACAUUUAAUUUCAACAGUUGUUGUAUUUGAGAACAAAAUAAUAUGCUUAUACCCUACUCAACAUAAGAAUCCACUGCUAGAGAGAGAGAGAGAGAGAGAGAGAGAGAGAGAGAGAGAGAGAGAGAGAGAGAGAGAGAGAGAGAGAGAUGGUACUUAUUUCACUUUAACUUGCUUUAGGUGCACCUUAUUAACCAAAUAGAAAUCAAUUAAAAUUCCAAGAUUGCUAAUAUACUAUUCAAAAAGCGAUUUAUGGCAAAUUAAUCAACAUAAGGAAUAAUUAGAGAAAUAUUUCCCUGGGGGAGUAGAAUUGCAUUAACUAUAUUGUCUAAGGGGACAGAUAGUUAUUUUGGAUAUUAGAUUAUAAUAGAUUGUGAUAUGAGUCGUGAUGUUAUGAACUUGGAUUUGAUAAGAAUCAACCAUAGAGAGCAAAGGAUCCAUCGGUUUUCCCUGUGGAAUUGAGUGUAAUUUAGAAUUGUUCUGCUGUGAGAGCAUUCAGUCAAAAAUGUGACGGUUAUCUAUUCAGUCUGUAUUUGGAAUAACACAAUGGGACUUUAGUUGUGACCAAAUGUGAGGAUUUGUGCACAAUGCUUUUUAAUGACUCCCCUUUAAGUCUAUACUCUACUUUGUGACACUUUGUCUGAAGAUUAACCUUGUGGAACGUUGUUAAAAAUCGAAAUUUAUUUAAAGAUUUUAUUGUAUUGAUAUACUGUAGUAUAUAUAUAUAUAUAUAUAUAUGUGUGUGUUACAAAAAAAAUAUUUAUUUUUUAUUUGUGGUUGUGUAAAUUAGACGUAGUUAUUUUUCUCCAAGCACUUUCACAAUUUAUUUUGCCUAGAAAGAUGACAGGGUCAUGGCUUUGUUCUUUAUUUCUAUAACAUAUUGUGGAUAUGUGUAUGUGUUGCACUGGGAAAAUACAUUCCUUUGAUGGUAGUAUUCAGUAUUUGACCUCUCCUCCAAGGAAAAAACGUUCUUCAAUGGCAGCCCUCCCUCACUACUGUUAACAAGACUGUGGUACUUUACUAACUAAACCAUACUCAGUUACCUUAUGCACAUUCACUUAUUGUAAAAAGUUAGGAGAGAAUUUAUUUGUAAAUAUGUAUUUUCAAAAUGAUAUUUAUAUGUUGACUGCAGUGGUUGAAUGUGGGCUUGUUCUGGCUUAUGGGAUGCCCAUCGUCCAAUGAGUGAAAAAGAGAAGGAAAGAGAGAACAAGUAUUGGAUUGUUUCCUAUUAAUACACUGAAGCAUUGACAUACAUUACUCUAUUAACUUUGUGUUAAAGUAUUAUUUAUGUCAAAAUGGACACUGGAUAAUAAAAAAAACAGUUCCCUUACCACUGCUUCCCUCACUCUCCCUCUCUCUUCCACUUCCCACAUGCCUUCCACUUGUUCAGUAUCCACCUUAUGCUGUCCCCAGUGUGUGCCUAAAAAAAAGUGUAUUUAUGAGUUGAUGAUCAUUGUAUCCUAUAUUGUCACAGAGAUCUAUUCCAUUUUACAUCAGAAAACCAUGUUGUUUUGAAAUGGAUUUUUACCAAUGUGGUUGGUAUUGCUUUGAUGUUUAUUUUUGUUCCUGGCCUGUGUUUCAUGGCUUUCCGUUUACUUUGGGGGAUUGUGUUUGUGAGUUCCUUGUUUCUGCUGCUUAUUUGUGCUUCUUCUUCAGCUAAUGUGUACUGUAUGUGUGUGUGUGUGUGUGUGUGUGUGUGUGUGUGUGUGUGUGUGUGUGUGUGUGUGUGUGUGUGUGUGUGUGUGAACACGUUCUUCCUGCUUCCAAAGUCUUGUACUCUUAUUCUCCACGAGGCACCAAACAAAGGGGCAUUUAAGCAAGGUCUAUAGCCCAGCCAUAAACAAUUAAAAUGAUUAAAUAAUCAACAUUGAUAUUGAAUUGAAAAAUAUGGUCUAAUUCAUAAAUAUCGAGAUCACGUAAAGUGUAGAAAAGCACACUACUGAAUCCAUUUUGUCAUUUUCCUGUAUUAAAAAAAAAUGUAUCACACAAGCAGUAUAAAUCUGGCUUUGAAAUGCCCUAUGAGACAUUAUGAAAAAUUACAACAAACUAACAACAACUAUACAGCCCUAUAUGUCACGUGUGUUUGUUUCACUUGUGUUUGUAUAUAUGAAUAUACUGUCGUUAAAUAAAACAUCACACAUCUAACAAACACACAACCUUUGAUAUCUUCUGUACAGAUACUAUCCUUGGCAAAUACAAAGUCAGCAUCUUGCUUGGUUUAAUCAAUCAAUGUACUGUGUCUGUGUGUGAAAGUGUAAUAAAUGUUUUGUUAACCUCC